AGUCUUGUUUUAUUUUUUCCCCGCUUUUGGGUUUGUGUGUGUCAUUUCUCAUUUGAGAGUUCGUAAAAGAAGAGUAGUAAAAUAGAAAGAGAAAAAAAGGUGAAAUGAUGUCAGAAUAAACGUCAGAAUUUAAGCGACAUCUUUGGUGGUGUUUUAGCAGAAGAAGAAGAAAGUUUUUUUGGCAACCAGGUGACUAUGAAAAUAUUUCAAGUCUCGUGACACCUCAACAACAUGUGAGAAAAUAAUGAUUAAAAACAGGAAAGAAAAAGGGAGUCAAAAUAAAAUACGAUCACGAUGGUGGUGGUCGCCAUUAAAGUUGACAGUUGAAACACGUCCUACAAGAGUCAGAGUCACCCGAAUUUUUAACGAGUUGAAAUAGAUCAUUGGCGUCUAAUUGCCUGCCGUCUUAUUCUGACGUGUCUGGAUUGCUCAAUUUCUUUCUCGUCAAAUAUUGAUGAAGGUUGAGUCUGGUUAUUCAAAGGCCUUGGCGUGCUUUUAACUCGGAUAAUGUACGGAAUCCGUUUUUAAACUAGAAACGAGCGAGAUUUCCCAGGUAGACGCAGUGGAGAUUAAAUCUGAUUUGUAUCUGUCGACUGGACUUGGCAGACAAAGGAAUACGACCGUUAUUACGAAAUGGCACAAACUCCAUCUAGUAAAAAAUCUCAAGGAAAGCUUGGAGACAUAGUCUCCUCAGCAAGUUUUAUUUCCUUCUUGGAUUUUUUCCUGUGUCAACGAAGAAUAGUGUCGUCUGCUGUUAUUGUUUUGUUGAGAACAAAACAGAAUGACAGUUGGAAUUCAGCUGAAGGUGGCGCUGACGUCCACUAACAGAUGAAAGGGUCGCAUCUGUUGUAUAUGUUCUGCGCGCGCGCUUAAACCAUACAAACGCUCGAAAUAAACAUAAUCGAUAUUUGUUGGUCUAGGGGGUAGGGGGAGGAACGUAGGGGAGCAAUGAAGCUCGAGGGGUUGGCAGACAACGACGGAAGCUAUGGUCGACCGAGAGAGCGCGUUCAAACCUCUCUGCAACGCGUUGGCCGUUGUCUAGUCUCAUCCGAUCGCAACUCUGCGUGCCUGUCUUAUUCCGGUCGAAAUUGAUUAUUCGUGGAGAAAUGUUCAAGUGCCCGAAUUUCGCCAAGUGUCACAAAGUGUUUCCCAACAUCAAAGCGAAAUGCAAUCAUUCGAAAAAUUGCGGGGUUUUGCGGGUGUGUAGCGUGUGCCGGAAGACGUUCAUGUCCGAUUCUGGGUUCCGAACACACACAAAACACCACCAAGGUCAAAUCGUGUCGACAAUCCUGCAGUUUACUUAUAUCGCCGGCCGUGAUGAUGUUCAAGUCAAGACGGAUCGGAUGGAUGAAGGAGAAAAGACUUGCAUUUCUCCAGCUCACACCUCCAUGGAAGAAAAUGGGAGUCAGGUUCAAAUCCUGACGGAUGAAGAAACUUUCACCAGUUCAAGCAAUACGUCGGCUGCUACCCAAACCGGAAUAAUGAAUGACCUGGAUUCAACCGAGACUCCCGGGAUGAAUAAUCGAUGUCGUCCCUCCACAUCGACACAGUCGACAUCCACCACCUUCGGAGAACCAGACAAGGACUUGGUGUAUGACCAAUGGCUGGAGAAAUCUGAAACUGCCGGAAGGAAUCUUAGGAAGACGAUUGCGAUGUACGAGAAGAAAUUGGAUUGGUACUCAGCCAAAGCCGAAGAAGAGCACUGGGAAGUUGCGAAAAUAUUAGGCGAAGAAAAUGUGAACGGCCAAACGUUAUUGAAAAUCAGGUGGAAGCCCAGCUACAUCACAAUGGACGAGGCAAGGAAAUUCGCUCCGAAAUUGCUAGGCAAAUUCAUGGCCAAAAAAGAAAAAUGAAAUUGAUACUCUCUACGACUACUUAAAUACCAAAUAAUAAAUAAGGGACAGAUUUCGUCUGCCUCGGUUACAUCACGUGACUUAAUUACCUGAAUCACUGCCCCCCCAGCUAUCGCUGACGUCUUUUUUUGGCGAGGAAAAAACGAACGAAAAGUGCGACAGGAUUUUUUGGUUUUUUGUUUAAUGAUUGUCGUUGGAACGAGUAUGAUGUAUUUUCUUAAUUUAUUAUGUCGUGCUCCUGGGACCAUGUCCAAUUGAAAAUUUGUCUUUGUUUUUGAUACCUUUAUUUGACGAGCCCAAUAACCCAAUAAAACUUUUGAACUUUU